AUGGCUACCCGCGCAAAAUCUGCAGAGCGGAGCAGCAAGAGCGCAGAAAGACUCCCGGACAAGGCUUCCGAGGUGCAGGAUGCUGUCAUCACGCUCGCUGGGACUGGCUGCUACGGGUAUGCCGACGGGCCUGGGAAGAUCGCCUGCUUCGCGAACCCCGAAGGCAUUGCCAUCGACCGCGAGGGCAACGUGAUCGUAGCAGACACCGGGAACUUGCGGAUCCGAAAGGUCGCUGCGGAUGGCACAGUGACUACACUGGUUGGAAGCGGGAGUCCCGGCUUAUCUGACGGUGACAUGGAGGCAUCUGAAACGUUCAAUGACCCUGAAGGAGUGGCACUGGACCAGGAGGGGAACCUUAUUGUCGCCGACGCCGCGAACCACAGCAUCCGCAAAGUUCUGGUGCACCGGACGGUCGACAGAUGUGUGCUCACGCUGAGUGGCAGUGGCGAGCCCGGUUUCGCCGACGGGCCCUGCAAAGAUGCAAGCUUCAACGAUCCCAAAGAUGUGGCCAUUGCAAGCAAUGGUGACAUAUUCGUCGCAGACACCAGCAACCAUCGCAUCCGGAAGAUCUCGCAAGGUGUGGUUACGACCUUGGCCGGUUCCGGAACGGCCGGAUUUGAAGAUGGCCAGGGGGAGAAUGCCGCCUUCGCCGACCCAGAGUCCGUGGCUAUUGACCUGCAUGGAAACAUCGUCGUAGCUGAUACAAACAACCACAGCAUUCGCAGGGUGACUCCGCAGGGGGAGGUUUCAACUCUUGCCGGAAACGGUGCUGAAGGCUACGUUGAUGGCCCUGGCCAUGAGGCGAGAUUCCACUGCCCAGAAGGGCUGGUGGUUGAUGGCGACGGGAAUGUGAUCGUGGCAGAUACAGAGAACCAUCGCAUUCGCAAGAUCCAGCCGGACGGACAGGUGAGCACCAUCGUGGGCGGGGACAUGGGCUUCGCAGACGGAAGCCUGGAGACCGCAAGAUUUCACACGCCAACGGAUGUUGCAGUAGAUGGCGAUGGCAAGCUCAUCGUGUUAGACUACUCCAACUUCAGGAUUCGCUUGGUGUUUGCUGGACUGCGGCCGCCGAGCAAUGUUGGGGCAGUAGGCGUGCUCCUGCAAGCUCCUUCGUCUUACAGACGGGACAUGCUACGCAUGCUUUCCGAUCCUGUGCUUUCCGACAUCAGCUUUUCGGUGGAGGGUGGGGUGGUGCCAGCUUGCAGGGUCCUGAUAAUGGCAAGGUCUGACUAUUUCUACACUAUGCUUAACUCGGACUUCAUUGAGGGCAGGCACAGUGGCCCAAUACCAAUUCAGGACACCACCAAGGAGGCUUUCUCUGCAAUGCUGCAGUACCUCUAUACAGACGAGGUUGAUCUGGCUGAUAGCAACGUGCUUGACGUACUGCGUUUGGCCCAUAGGUGUCAGCUGACGCGCUUGUGCCAGGAAUGUUGCGUAUACGUUCGAAGGACGUUGAAUGUGCAUAAUGCAGUGUCCUGGUGGAUUGCUGCCAAAGACUUCUUCAUGGAGGAUGUGGCUGAGCAGGCCUUUGAGUUCGUGAAGAAGAACUUCAAGAGCAUCCGGGGCACUGCCCCGUCCACUCUCCGCCUGCUUGACAGCCGGCCAGAACUCAUGAAGGAUCUGUUGAUGCAUUUACCCAUGUAG